AUGCCCUUAGAAGGUAGUUCUCAGGAGAGGGUCAUUAUAAAAGGAGUGCGUCUGACCCCAUCCAGCUUCUCUUAUCCUGGUUUGAGAAGAUUUAAACAAGACCCGCUUCUGGUCGACCUGAACAGAUGCCGAGUGGUCACAGAUCUCAUCAGUCUCAUCGGCCAGCGAUUCGGCUUCAGUUCUGGGGCCCUUCUAGGUCUCUACCUGGAGGGGGGGCUCUUGCCCCCGGCCGAGAGCGCGCACCUGGUGAGGGACAACGACUGCCUCAGAGUUAAGUUAGAAGAGAGAGAAAUUCCUGAGACUUCUCUAGCAGUCAGUAAUGGUGAUGAUAUUCAUUUACCUAGAAAAGCAAAGAAGCGGGCUUUUAAGUUGGAGGAAGAUGAAGAAACAGAACUAAGUUACAGAUAUUCAAAGAAGCAGUGGAAGAGGCAGGACAACAAUAGCAUUAAUGAGAGAGUUGAUCUGGAACCAAAAGCUAUCACCGAUCAGACUGGGAAGAAAAAAGGCAAGAGAAAAAAUAAAACAGGUGGCACAGUGGAUGAGGAGGAGGAAGAGACCAGAAGGGAAUCUCCAAAGAAAAAGGAGAAAUGUGAACAUAAAAAACAGACCAAGAAUUCCAAGUGUCCCAAAGCACAGAUGUCAAAAGAGGGGAGCACCCAGAAAUCUAGUUCUCAGAAAGGUUCUGCUAAAAACAGCCUUGUGAAAGCCAGAAGGAAAGGCGGGGGAGGCCCAUGUUCAAAAGACAGCCCCAAUUCCUCCUCGGAGUCGGAGUCUGGUUCUGGUCAUGAUUCGAACAGUGAUGGUAUCAGCAAUGUCACAUUGGAGGUUAGAAAUUCUGCAGAGAAACUAUCAACUGAGUUAUCAAAAGAAGAACCCUCUACAAAAAAUACAGCCGCAAACAAACUGGUUGCAAAAGCUGCCGUUACCACCAGCAAGGGCAAAAUCACCAGAGCCACAUCUUCUAGUUCCGACUCCACUUCAGAUUCAGAUGACCAGUGCAUGGUGUCCAAGAGCACCGCGGAGUAUGCUACAGGGUUCUUAAAGACAGUAGGCCUCUUUUCAGGAAGAGGCUGUCCAGGUCCGGGGCUGGCAGUACAGACUCCAAGUGCGAUUGGGUGGAAAUUUAUGGACUCAAAUACUAACAAACAGGCUCCUGGUCCUCCUCCCAGUGUGCCUCUCUCCACCAGUUUAGGAAGAGGAUGGGGGAGAGGAGAGGACCUUCUUUCUUGGAAGGGAGUGAGAGGUCGGGGCAUUCGAGGGAGAGGUCGAGGACGAGGGCAUGCUGUUUCCUGUGUUUUAAAUACUAACACUGAAUAUCAGAAGCAGCAGCAAUUAAGUGAGAUAGUAACAAAUUCAUCUACUAUUAUCCAGAAUCCAGUAGAGAUACACAAGAAGGACUAUAGUCUAUUACCACUGUUAGCAGCUGCCCCUCAAGUUGGAGAGAAGAUUGCAUUUAAGCUUUUGGAACUAACAUCUGAUUACUCUCCUGAUGUCUCUGACUACAAGGAAGGAAAAAUAUUAAGUCACAAUCCAGAGACCCAGCAAGUAGAUAUAGAAAUUCUCUCAUCCUUACCUGCCUUGAAAGAACCUGGGAAAUUUGAUUUGGUUUAUCACAACGAAAAUGGAACUGAGGUGGUUCAGUACGCUGUGACACAAGAGAGGAGGAUCACUGUUUUUUGGAGAGAGUUGAUUGAUCCAAGACUGAUUCUUGAAGCUCCAAGUACCACCUCAAGCACAGAACAUGUCUGAGUAUGACCUUUCCACCUCAUAGUUUAUAAAUGUCUUUUUUGUGAAAGUGA